ACAUGGAGAUUGUGAUGUCACUCGCCUUCCCCGUCCCCCGUCUUGGGGCGGGGCGGUUGUAGCUCCUCCUCCGUUGGGAUGCGGCUCGCCCCAGUCGGCCUCCUCCCUCCGCCUGCCGCCGUCGCCGCAUCCCCUCCCAUGAGGUCACGUGGAAUGGCACAUCGCCGACACGCCCGCUGAAGCGCCUUCGACUGUUCCCUGCAAGCCACCGUAGAAGCCCUCGGGCCGCCGCCAGGACGGAAGCCGGGGAGGUUGGAGGGUGACUACAGGCUGCGGCAGCCUCAGCGCCUGCUCUCUGCGCGGGCCCCCGGGAUGGCGGCAGCAGCUGCGGCGAUGGCCGAGCAGGACAGCUCCCGGAACAGCGCCCGGAACCGGGGCGGGGUCCAGCGGGUGGAGGGCAAGCUCCGCGCUAGUGUCGAGAAGGGCGAGUACUAUGAGGCACACCAAAUGUACCGGACCCUGUUCUUCAGAUACAUGUCACAAGGCAAACACAUAGAAGCAAGAGAACUAAUGUACUCAGGGGCAUUGUUGUUCUUCAGUCACAGUCAACAAAACAGUGCUGCCGAUCUUUCCAUGCUGGUUUUAGAGUCCUUGGAGAUAUCAGAUGCGAAAGUAACUGAUGAGCUAUUGGAAAAUUUGGCUAAAGUGUUUAGUUUGAUGGAUCCAAAUUCUCCAGAAAGAGUGGCAUUUGUAUCCAGAGCACUGAAAUGGUCCAGUGGUGGAUCAGGGAAAUUGGGUCAUCCAAAACUACACCAGUUAUUGGCCAUCACGCUCUGGAAAGAACAGAAUUAUUGUGAGUCUCGGUAUCAUUUCCUGCACUCCACAGAUGGAGAAGGAUGUGCGAAUAUGUUAGUAGAAUAUUCUGCCUCUCGAGGAUAUCGCAGUGAGGUGGACAUGUUUGUAGCACAGGCGGUCUUACAGUUUCUCUGUUUAAAAAAUAAAAGCAGUGCUUCAGUGGUAUUCACAACAUAUACACAGAAACAUCCUUCAAUACAGAAGGGACCUCCAUUUGUACAGCCCUUGCUCAACUUCAUCUGGUUUCUGCUGCUGGCUGUUGAAGGAGGCAAACUAACCGUAUUUACAGUAUUAUGUGAGCAGUAUCAGCCCUCACUCAAAAGAGAUCCCAUGUACAAUGAGUAUCUCGAUAGAAUAGGACAGCUCUUUUUUGGAGUACCACCCAAGCAGACGUCAUCCUAUGGAGGCUUAUUAGGGAACCUUUUGAACAGUCUUAUGGGAUCAGGGGAGGAAGAGGAUGCAGAAGAUGGUCAAGAAGAUAGCAGUCCUAUUGAACUUGAUUGAAAACUUUUCACUAGGAACUGCAUGAAUCAGACAACUUGAUAACUCAAAAGACAUUUUCAGAAUAUGAGCCCUGAAAUUUCGUUUUUCACAACUAGGAGGGCUCUCCAUUCUGUUAAAAGAAGGUUGCUGAGAUGUUUAUAAUGUUUGGUCUAUAUUAUUUAUGUAAAAAGGGUAGCCAGAAGAAGUGAUUGGAGUGAUUGUUAGCAGCCUUUCAGUAUGCUGACCAGUGACUUUUGAUUGAGUUAUAUAGUCAUUUAUGGUUUCAAAUGCAGUAUUCCUUUUCAGAUUAAUACAAAAUAAAGCACAGGCAUUACUGUUACUUUACCCUUUCAAAAUCAUUUUGUUUCAGUUUCUUAUGGGGGAAAAAUAACACAUUAACCUUUGCUGUCACAAAGGAAUGUCUUGAAAGGCAGGGUAGUUUUUAGCUUUUUCUCCAAGCCUGGUGCCAAAUGUGUUUCAAGGCAUGCCAAAAGAAAGGGUACAUUUCAUUAGCUAGAUAACAUCAAGCUAAGUCCCUUUUGGAGUGCCGCAAAUUUUUGGAAAACAAAAGAGUUGACUGUCUCAAAUCACAAUGUAACUUGUGCCCAUCAAAACUCAUUUUUUUUAACCUUUCAAAUGUGUGUGUUCCGAGUUUUGCUUUCAUUUGAAUGGAUCUUUGUAGUAUGUAGAUAAAAGGCUGAAGAUACUGAAGUCCAUCCUACUGGUUUUAUACAUAACACUCUCAUGUUGUUGAUCUCACUCCUUCAUCCAUGGGACUUUGCUGCCUUUGAUGGACUUUGACAGUGUUAGUUGUGUAUGUGUGUAAGGUGACAGUUGUGUUUAAUAAAGCAAGCCAGCAACCCCUGCCUUUUUCUCUAAGUACAACCACUUUUGAAAUGUCAUUUAAAGAAAAGGGAUACUGCAGAACUUUAAUUUCUAUCUUAAUGCAAUAUUUAUUUUUAUUGGGUGAAUGAUCCUUUAACUUAACAUUUUAGAGAAAAAAGACCUGAAAUUACAGAAGUAACUGCAGACCGGGAAUUAGCAAGUCUACAUUUUAUCACCUUACGAUGCAGUGCAGUAUGCCAGAUAUUACCAAUAUAAUUACAAAAGGGGGUGGGGGGAAACACUUUAUUUUUUCACAGUUAAAAGACGUAGAUUAAUACACAGUGAUCAUGCAUGGGGAGGAGGGAAAUACAAUUUUAUUUACUGUAAAAGCAAAUGGAAUUUAAAGGAAGGUUUUGUGUUAAUGUUAAGUUUAAAUAAAUACUUUAUACUGGGACUUGAAUCACUGUUGAUUUUUGAAAUAGCUAAAUGGGGAGGGGGGUGUAUCAUUUUAAGCCUUUUUCUCUCCAACAUGAAAAGACUGAGUACUAUAUUCCAUCAAAUUUCUGAUGGGUAGGAGCAGCAGCUAGCCGUAUGCUGCUCUUUAAGUUGCCAGGCCUUGCUUCUUUUCCCAAGGCUGGGCUAGCUUAUUUCAAUAAGCUGUAAAUGUACCCCAUGUCUGUAACACAGAUAUACUUCUAGUGUAGGUCAGGUGGUGAGAUGUUCUUUAUUGAGCAAUGAUGGUACACAGAAAACAUCAAUUCACACACACACCCACACCCACACCCACACCAGGAUCCUAGGAUUUAGAGGAAGAGAUUUUGGAGGCCAUUUCAUCCAAACUACCCAUUUUACAGUUGAGACUGAGGUGAGGACUAGAAAAGGGAAGUGACAUCACGUAGGUGGUGAAGUCUAGAUUUGAAUCCAGGAUUUCCGAUUCCAAAUCCAGUAUUCUUUUUAAUAUACUAUACUGGCAUAGGUGUUUUCUAUCUGUCAGUGAAGCUUAAAUUUAUUAUUUUUUUUUAGUUUCCCCAUUCCUGGCAUAGAGCAUCUACACUUAGAAAUCAUCUAGAAUGAGUAUAAUUAAAACUUUGGUGUGAGGAAAUGCCGAGAUACUUAAGACAAUAGUGUAAGUACUUCCACUUAGUAAAGACCCUUUGAAAAAUGUUGGUGGUUCUGUCUACUUGCUGUAAAAAUUAACAUUACUCCAUCCAACUACUAAGAGACCUUCCAGCAGCUCUUAGGCUUAUGGCUCAUUAGUGUUGUCUACAAAGUAGCCGGAAAUUUCCUUGUUGUGCUGCUAUUAGGUACCCAUCAGAUUCUCCAGAGAAUUAAAGGCUUUGAUAAUGACUUGAUUACCAACCCUACCGCUUUUCUUUUUUCUUUUUUACUUUCAUGUUUCACUUGAUUUUUAACCAGAAAAUGUUUGGAAAUUAAACCCCCUUUGUAGCCUAGGUGUUCGUAAGAUAAUAGUGAUGGGGCAGAUUGGCCGUGUUACAAUCACACAAUCAUGUACCUUGUACCGUUACUGUAAUGUAUUCAAGCAUGUGCAGUAAUAAGCCUGUCAAUAAAACCUUUCCAGCCUAUCAAGUGUGUGCAAGUUAGAGAUAUGACAUCAUCUGAUUGGACUCUGUAGAGUGAUUGUACUAAGUGUAAUGUUAGCAUUCUGUUUCUUGCCACUAAUUCUACUUCUGUACAGAUUUUUUUCUUAAAUGUUUCCUCGUGUCCCCAAAUAGAUCACGUGUGGUUGUGGGAAGAAUCCUGAGCUUUCUAUAGUCAGAAAAUUCUACUUCACAGCUCCAGAUGCAGAGAGAUGUAAUAAACCAAUAAAUCAAAAUUUGAAAUGAA